UUUGCGAGUGAUAAACAUGGACUUCAGCGGUGUAUAUAACUCUGAUGUCAGGGUAAAGGAGGAACCAAAUGAUGUUUUCCCAAUUGAAAAUGAUGAUUAUGAGAUAAUUGGCAAUGCACACGAUGCUAACACUGAUGAAUCCUCACGAUGUCUAGAAAAUUUUACUCACGGGCCUAAAGAUAUCGAAAUAGAAUUCGAAUGUAAGGACGAAAAGUCAAGCAUUAACUUAUUAGUGGUCAAAAAGAUCGAGGACGAUUAUCCAGAUCAGUUGCAACAUAUGAAAAAUAGUUGCGAUUAUCAGACUCAAAAGAAAAUUAAAGAAGAAAUUGUCGACGAAGUAAAAGAGGAAUUGAAUUUAGAUGGUGAACUCAGUGAUGCAUUCGAUGUAACUGCAAAAAUAUUUGCUAAAAAAAAAAUAUGCGAAACCCGCACUGAUAAGGCACACAAUCCUGCGAAACAUCAAUGUAAUAAAUGUGGUGAAAAAUUUACAAUAAAAAGUUAUCUUGAAAUGCACAUCGAUGCAGUUCAUAAUGACGUUAAGCAUACAUGUGUUACAUGUGGAAAGACAUUCAAACACAAAGUUACUCUCAAAAUUCACAUCGAUGCGAUUCAUAAUGGUAUGGCACAAACAUGCGAAGUAUGCGGGAAGAAAUUUCAAACAAAGACUAAACUCAAGGUCCACGUCGAUGCAGUUCAUAAUGGUGUUAAACAUGCGUGUAGUAUAUGUGGAAAAACAUUCACACAAAAAGGUGCUCUCAAAAUUCACAUCAAUGCUAUGCAUAAUGGUAUGACAUUUACUUGUGAAAUAUGUGAAAAGAAAUUCGCAACUGAGACUUCACUGAAGCUUCACAUCGAUGCAGUACAUAAUGGUGUUAAACAUGAAUGUGGUAUAUGUGGAAAGACAUUCACACAAAAAUGUUAUCUCAAAAUCCACAACGAUGCGAUUCAUAAUGGUAUGGCACCAACAUGCAAAGUGUGCGGAAAGAAAUUCCUAACUAAGACUAAACUCAAGAUCCACAUCGAUGGAGUACAUAAUGGUGUUAAACAUGCGUGUGAUAUAUGUGAAAAGACAUUCACACAAAAAGGAAAUCUCAAAAUGCACAUCGAUGCGAUGCAUAAUGGUAUGGCACCUAAAUGCGAAAUAUGUGAAAAGACUUUCACACGAAAAGGAGAUCUCAAGAGGCAUAUUGAUGGACAUAAUGGUGUUGAAAAUGCGUGUGGUAUGUGUGGAAAGACAUUCUCACAAAAAAGAAAUCUCAAAAUCCACGCGAUGCGAUGCAUAAUGGUGUGACACCUACAUGCUAAAUAUGUGGUAAUACAUUUGCAUGUAAGAAUAGUCUCAAAAAGCACACGGAGUCAAUGCAUAAUAAGAUCACUUACGUUUGUUAUACGUGCGGCAAGACAUUUUCACAAAAAGAACGUCUGAUAAUUCACAUUAGAACACAGCACGAAGACAUUGAUCACACAUGUGUUUAAUGCGGAAAAAAUUUGCAGAGAGGAGAUAUCUACAUAUGCACGUCAAAUGUAUGCAUAAUGUCAAUACCCAAUCACGAGACCAAUGCAAAAGAUCUUAGAACGUUUAUCAAUACCGCGUAAAAUGAUAAAAACAUCGAGACAAAUGAGUGGCCGUAAAACUGUCAUCGAAAUAGUGCAUCACUCACGCAUAACCACCCAAUAAAUGUAUUAAAUGUAUAUUGAAAUAUUGUAAAAAACAAUUACUAUUAUAUUUCAGAUCACUCCUGUGUUUUCC